ACGAUCUGUUUCCGUGCCAGGUGGGGACCGGGAUCGCCGGUCGGCGAGGAGACGUCACAUCUCGCCGAUCCUCCGCAUCGUCAGGACGUCCGUUGCUCGCCGGGAGCCCCUGUUUUUUUCUCGUUCCUCAUCGAGCGGUCAUCGAGCGACGUAUCGUAUUGUCGCAACGUCGCCUUAAAUCGCCGUCGGUCCUGAAUUAUUCUCGGUAAGAGAAUAAUAACACGACGCUUCUGUAACGGAACGGAAGGAACGGAAGUCGGACGUUAUAGAAGAAGAGGAAGAAGUAGAAGAAGUCUCGAUAGAUAUCUACGUCGAUAAUCGCAACGCGCAUCGAUGUCAUCGAUCAACAUGAGGGUCUUCAAGACAGCGCUGCUGCUGGUCGCGCUGCUCUCGAACAGGGGCGAGUGCCUUCCGCUCGCGAACGAGACGUCGACCGUGGAUCAAACGACCCCGUUCCCCGAUUCCACCUCGGUGGCCGAUCAUUACGAUCAACGGCAGGAAGGGGGCGAAAAUUAUCGUGUUCACGUGGGCGGCGUCGUGGUCGUGAUCGCGCCCGUCGAGGCGCUUCUUCUGGCCAGCGCCGCCGCCGCUGGCGACAGGCCCAACCUGUCGCUCUCUAACCUGGCCAAGCCGACCCCCAGCAAACCGGAAACCGAGCAGAAACCUCUGCCAUCGCCCAAGACAGCGACCAGGGCCGGGACACGUUUGACGAAUUUAUUGGCCCCGUUCUUGCAGCGGAUCCGUCAGGAGUGAAGAUUUUAUACAGACAGGAUAGAAUAUAAGGUUCCAUCGAUUCAUCGUUAAUAGACUAUGGAUUUGGAAUUGUGUAUUUAACCCUUUGCCGUACUUCAACGGAUCGAACUCGUGGCGGAGAUUUCUAGUAAUAAGCUGAUAGGAAUCGAAUUCCAUUCUAUUGGGUUGGCAACUGAGUAAUUGCCGAUUUG